AGCGGAAGUGGAGCUAAGUAACAUGGCAGUGGCGUGGACAGCGAGAAAACAAUAGAAAAAUUACAAGAAUUAAUCGUUUUGUAUAUGAUUUUUUUUGUAGGAAAUCAUAAAAAUGUCGCAAAUAGCAGUAACGCAGCUACACCAGGCGCUUAGAAAGGCUUUCCAGUGUAUUGAAAAUAACCAAAAGACAUGGCGGACGGUGCUGGAGGAGUGCGCUCCUCUCAUGGUUUCAUUGGGAAACUUAGCGGAGCAGUUUGUGGCGCUUUCUAAAGUGGAUCUGUCCAAAACGCCGCUCAAAGUGUUCCCAGAUCUGGAGGAAAAACUGAGGUUCAAACUUCACCAUGCUACAGACACAGUUAUGGGCAAACUCCACGAGAAGCUCUCGUCUCUUCAGUCUGUGCGGGACUCCAUCAGUUCUCAGGUUUACUCCGUGUUUCAGAUCCAGGAGCAGCUCUCACAGACUCUGGAUCUCUCAGUUUUAACAGAACGAUCUGCUGCAGCUCCGUCUAUCGCUGAUAUGAUGCAGUGGCUCCAGGACGCAGACAGACACUACAGACAACAGUUUAUAAAAAGGAAGACUCUGUUAUUGACUCUGAGACCAGACGACUUCUUUCAAAUAGAAUCAGCUCCUGAAAGAUGGAAAUCACUGAACUAUCCAAAUAAAGAGGACAAGAUCACUGAUAUGCUGUGUAAAGUGUCCUUCUUCAUGGAGUCACAAUGAAGACUGUAAAAUGGACUUAAGAUGGACCCAAAUACAGACAAGAUGAAAUGAUCAGAACAAAUCCAGUGAAGCUGUAUGGAUUUUAAAAACACAGAGGAGCAUCACUUUUUGACAUCAGCAGGUGGAACAUUUUGAACUCUUGGGAACGAGAUGGACUGUGGGAUUACUCAAACAUGUAUAAAUUAACUCUUUUGGUACCACUUUAUAAUAAUUACUACACCUUAAUUAGCCUUAAUAAAUGAGUUAGUUAAAUGUUAACUAGUUUCUAAACCUAAACAAUUGUGAAUAAACGAUUUGUUCACUGUAUUUGUUCAUGCUUUAUUAAGGCUAUUAAAAGUGCAGAUAUUAUAAA